AUGUUCGAGGCGUGCGGGAUAGAACCGGGGAUAGAGAUUCUGCUCCCAAAAUCGCGUCGUCGCCCGUGGGAUGCUCCGGAAGGGUAUAUUUGCCUUUACGAAGAUUUUUUCUUAGAUUGCGGACUUUGGUUUCCCCUUCCACAGUUUCUCGUGAGUUACUGUGCUCGUCAGGAGAUAGCAUUUUCUCAACUCACCGUGGCUUUUAUUCGGAACGCGGUGGGUCUUGCAAUCCUUGCAGCUGCGGCCGGUGUUGUUGUGGACUUGGAUCUUUUCAAGGAGGUUACCAAGUAUUCGUUUGGGAAAGAGAAUUCGGGCAUGUUCGAGACCGAGUUUCAAAAUUGCCGACGGUGCUCCAAGCAAAGUAGAUUCAGACCGACGGUGGAGAAAACCGAGAGCUUUUUAGAGAGAUUAGAAGUUGUAAAGGCGAGGGGGACCUUGUGGAUGGGUGAUUGCGAGAUUCCUAGUUAUGUCGAUCACUUCGACGGAGAUGGCACGCAGGUCGAUGAGCUGCAAAUCAAGCUUGGCUCGUUGAUGUUACCCAACGAUGAGCCGCAAAUUGAGCUUGGCUCGUCGAUGAGCCGCAAUUUUGAGAAUGACGCUCCGGUUGCUGACGCGGACGUGGUGGUGGAGACCACGGAUGCUGCCGCGCCUACUGACGAUUGUGACGCCUCGCGCCGGGACAGAUCCGAGGAAGUGAGGGCGGCACGCGAUGGGAAGAAGGUUUCGAGAUCCUCUAGUGGCAGCGCUCCGCCAUCGUCCGGUCGAGGAUAUACGUCUCGGAAUAGGAGCUCGCGCGGAAGUCCUGUUGGAGGUUCGAGCGUUCGCCGAGAAGCUAGGCGUGGGGAGCCCAUUCGUGAGAUCGCCGAAGGAGUUGACCAUUCAUUCUCCUUCAACUAUAGCCGGAAGGAUCAGAUGUUUUUCACUCAUGGAGUUGCGUGUGCUGAUCUUGCUAGCAAGGGGAUGAGUCAGACCAACCGUUUGGUUAGUUUCUACGAGGAGCAGUGUCGUGUCGCGGUGAGAGACUCUGAUUUGGCGAAUGCUGCUGCUGAGGCCACGGAUCGUUCUACACAGAGCCAUCUGAGGAACUACAAAUCGGAGAAGAGUAGGUGCGCUGAUCUUACGAGGCAGCUUAAAGAUAAGAAGAAGCAGUAUCUUUCCGAGACAGAUAGGCUGAGGAAGGCCCGCGAUGAGAGUGCCGCGGCCGAGCGUCAUAAGGUUGCGCGGGAGAUUCACGAGUACCAUACCCGUAUCGAUGGGAUGGGGAAACACAUCAUGGGUCUCUGGGAGAAGAAGAUGCCUCUUCUGAUGCUUAGUCAGGUUUCGGGCAGGGAGAAGUGCCUUAAGAAGAUGGUGACGGAUGGUACGCACAUUCCUUUGCGGAACUUGGCUCAGGUUGAACAGGACCACGUUCAGUGGUGGGCGACGGUUGACGGGAUAGUGUAUCCGGACAUUCUCGAGAGCGAUCUUGAUCCUUUUCCAAAGUUUAUGGCUUGUCCUUCGAACGUGGCACCGAGAGAUGGGGCACAUGAUGCAGAGGGUGCAGAAGUUGCGGAAGAUGCGGAAGGUCCCCAGGAUUGA